GCCGGAGUCGUCUCGUUUGCAGCCUCCAACGCCGCGGCCGCCUUUCUGGGAUUUGAGUCUCGCGCUUUCUUCGUUCCCUCUCCGGCGGGUUCGCGCCCCUCUCGCGCCCUCGGGCAGCGAGGCUGGGAAGGGGUUGGAGGGGGCUGUUGAUCGCCGCCUUUAACUUGUGCUCGGGGCGGCCAUGUCGGCCGGCGAGGUCGAGCGCCUAGUGUCGGAGCUGAGCGGCGGGACCGGAGGGGAUGAGGAGGAAGAGUGGCUCUAUGGCGGCCCAUGGGACGUGCAUGUGCACAGUGAUUUGGCAAAGGACCUAGAUGAAAAUGAAGUUGAAAGGCCAGAAGAAGAAAAUGCCAGUGCUAAUCCUCCAUCUGGAAUUGAAGAUGAAACUGCUGAAAACGGCGUACCUAAACCGAAAGUGACCGAGACUGAAGAUGAUAGUGAUAGUGACAGUGAUGAUGAUGAGGAUGAUGUUCAUGUCACUAUAGGAGACAUUAAAACGGGAGCACCACAGUACGGGAGUUAUGGUACAGCACCUGUAAAUCUUAACAUCAAAACAGGGGGAAGAGUUUAUGGAACUACAGGAACAAAAGUCAAAGGGGUGGACCUUGAUGCACCUGGAAGCAUUAAUGGAGUUCCACUCUUGGAGGUAGAUUUGGAUUCUUUUGAAGAUAAACCAUGGCGUAAACCUGGUGCUGAUCUUUCUGAUUAUUUUAAUUAUGGGUUUAAUGAAGAUACCUGGAAAGCUUACUGUGAAAAACAAAAGAGGAUACGAAUGGGACUUGAAGUUAUACCAGUUACCUCUACUACAAAUAAAAUUACGGCCGAAGACUGUACUAUGGAAGUUACACCAGGUGCAGAGAUCCAAGAUGGCAGAUUCAAUCUUUUUAAGGUACAGCAGGGAAGAACUGGAAAUUCAGAGAAGGAAGCAGCUCUUCCAUCUACAAAAGCUGAGUUUACUUCUCCUCCUUCUUUGUUCAAGACUGGACUCCCACCGAGCAGAAACAGCACCUCUUCUCAGUCUCAGACAAGUACUGCCUCCAGAAAAGCCAAUUCCAGCGUUGGGAAGUGGCAGGACCGGUAUGGGAGGGCCGAAUCACCUGACCUAAGGAGAUUACCUGGGGCAAUUGAUGUUAUUGGUCAGACUAUAACAAUUAGCCGAGUUGAAGGAAGGCGACGGGCAAAUGAAAACAGCAACAUACAGGUCCUUUCUGAAAGAUCUGCUACUGAAGUAGACAACAAUUUUAGCAAACCACCUCCAUUUUUCCCCCCAGGAGCUCCUCCCACCCACCUUCCACCUCCUCCAUUUCUUCCACCACCUCCAACUGUCAGCACUGCUCCACCUCUGAUUCCACCACCAGGUAUUCCAAUAACUGUACCACCUCCAGGUUUUCCUCCUCCACCAGGCGCUCCACCUCCAUCUCUUAUACCAACAAUAGAAAGUGGACAUUCCUCUGGUUAUGAUAGUCGUUCUGCACGUGCUUUUCCAUAUGGCAAUGUUGCCUUUCCCCACCUUCCUGGUUCUGCUCCUUCGUGGCCUAGUCUUGUGGAUACCAGCAAGCAAUGGGACUAUUAUUCAAGAAGAGAGAAAGAUCGAGAUAGAGACAGAGACAGAGACCGGGAACGAGAUCGUGAUCGGGACAGAGAAAGAGAACGUACCAGAGAGAGAGAGCGGGAGCGUGAUCACAGUCCUACACCAAGUGUUUUUAACAGUGACGAAGAACGAUACAGAUACAGAGAGUAUGCAGAAAGGGGCUACGAGCGCCACAGAGCGAGUCGGGAGAAAGAAGAACGACACAGAGAACGACGCCACAGAGAGAAAGAGGAAACCAGACACAAGUCAUCUCGAAGUAAUAGUAGACGUCGCCACGAAAGUGAAGAAGGAGACAGUCACAGGAGACACAAGCACAAAAAAUCUAAGAGAAGCAAAGAAGGAAAAGAAGCUGGCAAUGAGCCUGCCCCUGAACAGGAGAGCACCGAAGCUGCACCUGCGGAAUAGGCGUGGCUGUGGCCUUUGUGUAUAUUAGGGCCAGAAGUGUACCAUAAAUCUUGUUAUUUUUCUGGAUAAUGUUUAAGAAAUUUACCUUUAAUCUUGUUCUGUUAGUAUGAAAAGUUAACUUUUUUCUCAAAAUAAAAGAGUGAAUUUUUCAUGUUAAGUUAAAAACCUUUGUCUUGUAAUAUUUAAAAAAAUAAAGACAGCAGUGACUUUA